CUUCCCAAGGCGCGACUAUCUGCAGGUUUCAUUGAGUUGUCCAAACCUCGACUCUCCCUUCGCCUCCCACCAUGGCUGCCGACGUGACCAUGAGCGGCCUGGACGAGCUCCAGCUGCCACCACGCAAGCGGCCUAAGGUUUCCGAGCUACCGCUUUCCUCCGCACAGCGCGCCUCCAUCGAUGGCUUGCUGCACACCUUCAAGAAGAAGGGCGAGUUCGACGCGAUUCGUAAAAAGGCCUUCCAGCAAUACAACGAGAGCGCACGACGCGGCAUGUUCGAGGCGUCCUUACGUGCCUUUUCCACCGAGGAGAUCGAGCAGGAGCCCAUCAAAUAUCUCAAACCAGAUCCGAGAAUCGCUGCUCCAUUGCUGGAAGGCGCGGCCGCACGCGCAAACAGCUACGCGAAAACGGAAGCCGACAUUGAUUCUUACAUCGACCAGUACAUCGCCACUGCGGAGAAGGCCCUACGUGAGAUCCGGGUGAAGGAGAUCGGCGAAGAUGCUGCAGAAGACGAAGUCAAGCGUGGCAGCAGAUCUGAUGCCGAGUACGCCGUCGAAGCGGACAAGCGUCGGGCGGAGCGCGCAAAGAAGUUUGCAGCAGAUGAAAAGGUGCGUAAGAAACAGCAAGCGCAGGAGCGGAAGAAGAAGGAACUCGAGGCUUUGAAGAAGAAGGAGAGAAUCAGGAAGUUCAACGAAGACCGCGAACGGGUGAAGAAGGAAGCUGAGGAACGAGAGCAAGCCGCGCAAGCGGCACAGGCGAAGAGAGAGAAGGAACGAAGCGAGCGCGAGCAGAAGCGAUUGGAAGAAGAAGCGCUGGAUCUGUUGUUGAAAGAAGGCAAGGAAAUGGCAGAGAAGGCGCGAGGGCGCGAGUUGGAGAGGAGCGAGAGCAUGGAGCCGCCUGCCCGACUAGCCGAGCGGCCCAGUGGCCCCUCGAGGCAGUUUUUCCACUCUUCUGCUCCGAGAAACUACGCCACGAAGGAGGAGAUGCGAUCGCAAGGCCUCAUGCCCACAUCUCUAACGCUCAGAAAAGGCGACAAGCCCAUGCCUCCGAGUGUCACUCCUGUCGCCGCUACGCCCACGCCAAACCCAAAACCAUCAAGAGCAACAUCCCCAACGCCGGACCGAAGACCAGAGGACGACGGUCGUACGUCUUCAAGAAGGGACAACGACAGGGAUGCGCCGCAUCGAGGAUCGUUGUAUAGAGACAUCAGCGCCGAGCGAGAAGCCUGGAAAGCUCGACAGCGUGACACAAAGGAUCGCGACCGCGAACGAGACCCUCGCACUGAGCCGAAGGGAGAAGAAGGAGAAGUCCUCGAGCGCGCCUCAACUCGCGCCAGAAGCCGAUCGCGCGAUGCUCGUCGCGACAGGGACAGCAGAAGAAGACGUGAUGACGGCUCACGCUCUCGAACUCCUGUCAGGAGGCACCGGGAUAGAAGUCGGUCGCGGUCACAGCGUCGGAGGCCUCGAACCCGGAGCCCGGUAAGGCGUGAAAGAAGCCGCAGUCCGCCUGGAAUCGAUCGCUACGUCCCUGGUGGUGGAGGCGGCGGUGGCGGCAGCUCCACUCGCCGAGCACGGGAUGAUGAUAGGGAGCGCAGGAGCGGCAGAGACGAUGACAGGCGUGAAGACAGCAAGCGCUCUGGUAAAUCCGACAUCGCUGAUCGAGAGCGGGACAGGGACCGAGACCGGGAUGUUGACCGAAGGAGAAGCGACCGCCCCCAGCCCGUAGAGAUUGACAGAUAUGUGCCCGGAGGUGGUCGCGGUGAUGAUCAGGACAAGUCCUCGCGGCGCAGAGAGCGGACUCGUAGUAGAGACCGCGACCGGGAGCGCGACAGGGACCGAGACCGGAUCCGAGAUCGAGAUGGUGAGCGCGACAGGAAUCGAAGGAGCAGUAGGAGUCGAGACAGGCAACGUGAGCCCGAGAGAGGUUCAACUCGAGAUGUUGAGCUGGAUCGGGAGAAGGGGCCUGGCAAGAGGAGAGAGGCGAAUGCGGAAAGCAAGAGUGAGAACUAGUCGCACUACCACCCCAUGCCGGGUCAGAAAGGGCCAAUGGAGUCAUGAACGAUCCGGUCAAGUUCUAUAUUCAUCUAUCUUGACCCGCUGGGUAUUACGCACGAUGCUCGAAUGAUAUUGCCGUCUCAAUUCCAGAAACUCCUCGCUAACACAAAGCAAAAUUCUCUAAUCCCUCAGCUUGCCCAGCAAUUUCUGACCACCGAGAAGCAGUUUGCUCUUCCGUUUAUUCUCCUCUGCGUCCUCGACGCCAUUCGAGUCCGUCUGCCGCUGCCGCAACCGCUCGCCAAGGCCGGAUAUGUGUCGGGUGAUGGAUGCCGUUCGAGGUCGACUGGUCUGUUU